CCCACCGUCCCCUACCGACAGCGGGUUUUACGGGUUUUCGGGUUGUAUAUCGCGGAGAACGGAUUCAUUCGCAGUGGGAUUGCAAGCGGGAGGGUUUCGCGGCUCCUUUCCGCCCGGCCAUGGCGGCACACAAACCCGUGGAAUGGGUCCAGGCCGUAAUUAAUAGAUUCGACGAGCAGCUGCCCAUUAAAACAGGACAGCAGAACACUCACACCAAAGUAAGCACAGAGCACAAUAAGGAAUGUCUGAUCAAUAUCUCCAAAUACAAGUUCUCCCUGGUCAUCAGCGGCCUCACCAACAUCCUCAAAAAUGUCAACAUCAUGCGAAUAUUUGGGGAAGCAGCCGAAAAGAACCUCUACCUCUCCCAGCUCAUCAUCCUGGACACACUGGAGAAGUGCCUCGCUGGGCAACCCAAGGACUGUCUGCGUCUGGACGAAGCCACACUGGUGAAACAGCUACUCCCAGAGAUCUGUCACUUCAUCCACACGUACCGCGAGGGUCAUCCGCACGCCGCUGAGCUCCGCGCCUCUGCCUCCGGCGUGCUCUUCUCCCUCAGCUGCAACAACUUCAACGCCGUCUUCAGCCGCAUCUCCACGCGGUUACAGGAGCUGACCGUGUGUGUGGAGGACACGGUGGACGUCCAUGACAUUGAGCUCAUUCAGUAUAUUAAUGUGGACUGUUCCAAACUAAAGAGACUGCUUCAAGAAACUGUAUUCAAAUUCAAAGCACUGAAGAAACCUGCACAGCUUGCCGUCAUCAACAGUUUGGAAAAGGCAUUCUGGAACUGGGUGGAAAACUACCCUGAUGAGUUUACCAUGCUGUACCAGCGACCACAGACUGAUAUGGCAGACUGUGCGGAGAAGCUGUUUGAUCUGGUGGACAGUUUUGCGGAGAGUGCAAAGAGGAAGGCUGCGGUCUGGCCACUGCAGAUCAUCCUCCUCAUCCUCUGUCCUGAGAUCACUCAGAGCAUAUCCAGAGAGGUGGUGGAGGAGAGCAAGGUCAACAAGAAGCUGUUUCUGGAGAACCUGCGGAAGGCCCUGGCCGGUCACGGAGGCAGUAAACAGCUGACAGAGAGUGCUGCUGUCGCCUGUGUCAAACUGUGCAAGGCCUCCACCUACAUCAAUUGGGAGGACCACUCUGUCAUCUUCCUCCUCGUCCAGUCCAUCGUGGUGGACCUGAAGGCCUUGCUGUUUAACCCAGCUAAGCCAUUCUCGCGGGGUACAGGGUGUCAGAGUGCGGAUGUGGAUCUCAUGAUCGACUGUUUUGUGUCCUGUUUUCGCAUUAACCCACACAACAAUCAGCACUUCAAGGUCUGUUUAGCCUCCUCCUCUCCUCCCACCUUUCAUUUUGUCCUCGUCAACUCCCUUCACAGAAUUAUCACUAAUUCACAUCUGGACUGGUGGCCAAAGAUCGAUGCGAUUUACUGUUACUCUGGAGAACUGAGGAUCAUGUUCGCUGACACACUGAGCAGAGUGACACAGAGUCUCAACGCCCACACUACUCCCAGAAUGACACAGAGUCUGACGUUUAAAGAGAAGAUGACGACCAGUCUUAAGUUUAAAGAGAAGGCUGCAGACCUGGACACACGCUGUCUCUUACUGGCUCUGGUCAAACUCAUCCAUGCUGACCCCAAACUCAUGCUGCAUAACCCAGGGAAACAGGGCCAGGAGAUCCAGAGCAGCACAGCGGAGCUGAUCACUGGCCUGGUCCAGCUGGUUCCCUUCACCAACACCACCGAGCUCUCACAGGAGGCUAUGGAGGCCCUGUUGGUUUUACACCAGCCUGAGACGAUUGAGCUGUGGAACCCAGAUGCCCCCAUUGAGACGUUUUGGGACAUCAGUUCCCAGGUUCUGUUCCGGAUCUGUAAGAAGCUGAUUGGCCAUCAAAUGAUCAACAGCACAGACAUCCUCAAGUGGUUAAGAGAGAUCCUCAUCUGCCGCAACAAGUUCCUUCUCAAGAACAAAGACUGUGCGACGCUGGGUAGCGUGGUGCCCUUCUGCAGACAGGCUCAGACCAAACUGGAGGUGUGUCUCUACAUGUUCCUCUGGAGCCCUGACACGGAGGCCGUGCUGGUGGCCAUGUCCUGUUUCCGCCACCUGUGUGAGGAGGCGGAGAUCCGCUGUGGGGUGGACGAGGUGCCUGUACACACUGUCCUGCCCAACUACAACACCUUCCUGGAGUUUGCCUCCAUCAGCAACAUGAUGCCCACUGGCCGUUCCACUCUGCAGAAGAGAGUAAUGGCACUGCUGAGGAGGAUAGAACACCCAACGGCAGGGAACAUUGAGGCUUGGGAGGACACAUAUGCAAAAUGGGAACAAGCAACAAAGCAAAUACUGAAUCAUCCAAAAAACAAAGUGGAGGAUGGACAGGAGUGGAUCAAUAUGACGGGUUUCCUGUGUGCUUUGGGAGGGGUGUGUCUGCAGCAGCGUAGCACCCCCAGCAUCGGAACCUACAGCCCACCCAUGGGCCCCCUCAGUGAACGCAAGGGCUCCAUGAUCUCCAUGGCCUCCUGCGAGGUCAACGCAGAGACGCCCAUCAGUAAGUUCUUGGACCGGCUGCUCUCGCUCAUGGUUUGUAACCACGAGAAGGUGGGUCUCCAGAUCCGCACCAACGUCAAAGACCUGGUGGGCCUUGAACUAAGCCCCGCCCUGUACCCCAUGCUCUUCACCAAACUGAAGAACAGCAUCAGUCGCUUCUUCGACACACAGGGACCGGUGCCUAUAAACGACACUAACACACAGUUUGUGGAGCAGACCAUUGCCAUAAUGAAGAACCUGUUGGACAGUCACAUGGAGGGCAGUUCAGAACACCUGGGCCAGGCCAGCAUAGAGACCAUGAUGCUCAACCUUGUCAGGUACGUGCGUAUCCUGGGAAACGUGGUCCACGCCAUCCAGAUCAAGACCAAGCUUUGUCAGCUGGUGGAGGUGAUGAUGGAGCGUAGGGACGACCUGUCCUUCUGCCAGGAGAUGAAAUUCAGGAAUAAGAUGGUGGAGUACCUGACGGACUGGGUCAUGGGAACGUCCAAUCAGGCGGCUGAUGAUGACAUCAAAUGUCUGACCAGGGAUCUGGACCAGGCCAGUAUGGAGGCUGUGGUAUCCCUGUUGGCUGGUUUGCCAUUGCAGCCGGAGGAGGGUGAUGGAGUGGAGCUGAUGGAGGCCAAAUCUCAGCUGUUUCUGAAGUAUUUCACUCUGUUCAUGAACCUGCUGAAUGACUGCAGUGAGGCGGAGGAUGAGGGGCAGCAGGUGGCAGGGCGCAAACGGGGUAUGUCGCGACGUCUGGCGUCUCUGCGUCACUGCACUGUCCUGGCCAUGUCCAACCUCCUCAACGCCAACGUGGACAGUGGCCUCAUGCACUCCAUCGGCCUGGGUUACCACAAAGAUCUGCAGACGCGUGCCACCUUCAUGGAGGUGCUGACCAAAAUCCUGCAGCAGGGGACAGAGUUUGACACGCUGGCUGAGACCGUGCUGGCAGAUCGCUUUGAGAGACUGGUGGAACUGGUCACUAUGAUGGGCGACCAGGGCGAGUUACCCAUCGCCAUGGCGUUGGCCAAUGUUGUGCCUUGCUCCCAGUGGGAUGAACUGGCGAGAGUCUUGGUGACGUUGUUUGACUCCAGGCACCUCCUGUACCAGCUCCUGUGGAACAUGUUCUCCAAGGAGGUGGAGCUCGCUGACUCCAUGCAGACGCUCUUUCGUGGCAACAGCCUGGCCAGCAAAAUCAUGACCUUCUGUUUCAAGGUGUAUGGUGCAGCAUAUCUGCAGAAGCUUCUGGAACCUUUGCUGAGGGGAGUUAUCACGACCCCUGAGUGGCAGCAGAUCAGUUUUGAAGUGGAUCCCACUAGGCUGGAGCAGACAGAAAACCUGGAGGAGAACCAACGCAACCUGCUGCAGAUGACCGAUCGUUUCUUCCUGGCCAUCAUAAACUCGUCAGGGGAGUUUCCUCCCCAGUUACGCAGUGUGUGUCACUGCCUGUAUCAGGUGGUCAGUCAACGCUUUCCUCAGAACAGCAUUGGCGCCGUGGGCAGCGCCAUGUUUCUUCGGUUCAUCAACCCGGCCAUCGUCUCUCCGUACGAGGCCGGCAUCCUGGACAAGAAGCCCCCGCCCCGGAUAGAGAGGGGCCUCAAACUCAUGUCCAAGAUCCUCCAGAGCAUCGCCAACCAUGUCCUCUUCACCAAAGAAGAACACAUGAGACCUUUCAAUGAUUUUGUCAAAAGCAACUUUGAUGCAGCAAGAAGGUUUUUCCUGGACAUAGCCUCUGACUCCCCUCCCAGUGAUUCGGUCAACCACAGUCUCUCCUUCAUCAGUGAUGGUAACGUGCUUGCUCUGCACCGCCUCCUGUGGAACAACCAGGAGAGAAUCGGCCAAUAUCUGUCCAGCAACAGGGACCAUAAAGCUGUGGGGAGACGACCCUUCGAUAAGAUGGCGACCCUCCUUGCCUACCUGGGCCCCCCUGAGCACAAGCCUGUGGCCGACACCCACUGGUCAAGCCUCAACCUCACCAGCUCCAAAUUUGAAGAGUUCAUGACCAGGCACCAAGUCCAUGAGAAGGAGGAAUUCAAAGCACUCAAAACGCUCAACAUCUUUUAUCAGGCUGGGACCUCCAAGAAUGGCUAUCCUGUUUUCUACUACAUCGCUCGCAGGUUUAAGACUGGACAGAUUAACGGUGACCUGCUCAUCUACCACGUGCUGCUGACCCUCAAACCUUACUAUGCCAAAAAUUACGAGAUUGUCGUGGACCUCACGCAUGUGGGGCCCAGCAAUCGCUUCAAGACAGACUUCCUGUCCAAAUGGUUUGUGGUCUUUCCGAAUUUUGCCUACGAGAACGUGGCGGCUGUCUACAUCUAUAACUGUAACACGUGGGUGCGUGAGUACACCAAAUACCACGAGCGCCUGCUGACAGGUCUCAAAGGCAGUAAAAAGCUGCUCUUCAUCGACUCUCCGGCCAGGCUUGCCGAACACGUGGAGCCAGACCAGCAGAAGCUGCCUGCGGCUACUCUAGCUCUGGAAGAAGACCUCAAAGUUUUCCACAAUGCGCUCAAGCUGGCCCACAAGGACACGAAGGUCUCCAUCAAGGUGGGUUCCACAGCGGUGCAGGUGACGUCUGCGGAGCGUACCCGUGUCCUGGGACAAUCUGUCUUCCUAAACGACAUCUACUACGCUUCAGAGAUAGAGGAGAUCUGUCUGGUGGAUGAGAACCAAUUCACGCUGACCAUCGCCAACCAGGGCACGCCGCUCACCUUCAUGCACCAGGAGUGUGAGGCCAUUGUACAGUCCAUCAUCCACAUUCGAACUCGCUGGGAGCUGUCCCAGCCCGACUCCAUCCCUCAGCACACCAAGAUCCGUCCUAAGGACGUACCGGGAACCCUACUCAACAUCGCCCUGCUCAACCUGGGAAGCUCUGACCCCAGUCUCAGGUCUGCUGCCUACAACCUCCUGUGUGCCUUAACCUGCACAUUUAACCUGAAGAUUGAGGGACAGCUCCUGGAGACAUCAGGCCUCUGCAUCCCAGCCAACAACACCCUCUUCAUCGUCUCCAUCAGCAAGACUCUGGCUGCCAACGAACCUCACCUAACCCUGGAGUUCUUAGAGGAGUGCAUAUCUGGCUUCAGCAAGUCCAGUAUAGAGCUGAAACACCUGUGUCUGGAGUACAUGACGCCCUGGCUGCUCAACCUAGUACGCUUCUGCAAACACAACGAUGAUGCCAAGCGCCAACGGGUCACCGCCAUCCUGGACAAGCUCAUCACCAUGACGAUCAACGAGAAGCAGAUGUACCCCUCCAUCCAGGCUAAGAUCUGGGGCAGUUUGGGCCAGAUAACGGAUCUGCUGGAUGUAGUGUUGGACAGUUUCAUAAAGACAAGCGCAACUGGGGGUUUGGGCUCUAUCAAAGCCGAGGUUAUGGCCGACACGGCAGUUGCACUGGCCUCAGGAAACGUUAAACUGGUGUCCAGUAAGGUGAUUGGCCGGAUGUGUAAGAUCAUCGAUAAGACAUGCCUGUCGCCCACGCCCACGCUGGAGCAGCAUCUGAUGUGGGAUGACAUUGCCAUCCUGGCCCGUUACAUGCUCAUGCUGUCCUUCAACAACUCCCUGGACGUGGCCGCGCACCUGCCUUACCUGUUCCACGUCGUCACCCUGCUGGUGGCCACAGGACCCCUGUCUCUCCGUGCCUCCACCCACGGACUGGUCAUCAACAUCAUCCACUCCCUCUGUACCUGCUCCCAGCUCAACUUCAGCGAGGAGACUAAGCAGGUCCUGAGACUGAGUCUGACUGAGUUCUCCCUGCCUAAGUUCUACCUGCUGUUUGGGAUCAGUAAGGUGAAGUCGGCGGCCGUCAUAGCCUUCCGCUCCAGCUACCGUGACCGCUCCUUCUCGCCGGGGUCCUAUGAGAGGGAAACUUUCGCCCUGUCCUCUUUGGAGACUGUUACCGAGGCCCUGCUGGAGAUCAUGGAAGCAUGCAUGCGGGACAUCCCAGGCUGCAAGUGGCUGGACCAGUGGACUGAACUUGCACAAAAGUUUGCCUUCCAGUAUAACCCGUCUCUUCAGCCCAGGGCCCUGGUGGUGUUUGGCUGUAUCAGUAAACGAGUGACGCAUGGCCAGAUUAAACAGAUCAUCCGCAUCCUCAGCAAAGCCUGCCCCCUCCUCAGCAUUGACCGGGGCCUGGAGAGCUGCUUAAAGGGACCUGACAGUUACAACAGCCAGGUGCUCAUCGAAGCCACCGUAAUCGCUCUCACAAAGCUACAGCCUCUCCUCAACAAGGACUCGCCCAUGCAUAAGGCUCUGUUCUGGGUUGCGGUGGCUGUGCUCCAGCUGGAUGAGGUUAAUCUGUACUCGGCUGGGACCGCUCUGCUAGAGCAGAACCUGCACACGCUGGACAACCUGAGGGUGUUUAACGAUAAGAGUCCUGAGGAGGUCUUUAUGGAGAUCAGGAAGCCUCUGGAGUGGCAUUGUAAACAGAUGGACCACUUUGUGGGUCUGAACUUCACCUCCAAUUUCAACUUUGCACUAGUGGGACACUUGCUAAAAGGGUACCGACACCCAUCCUCUGCCACGGUGGCACGGACAGUGCGCAUCCUCCACACUCUGCUGGGACUGGUGGGAAAACACCUCAACUGUGACAAGUUUGAGGUGAACACACAGAGUGUGGCCUACCUGGCAGCUCUGCUCACUGUCUCUGAGGAGGUGCGAAGCCGCUGUAGCCUCAAACACAGGAAGUCACUGCUGCUCUCUGAUGUAGCCAUGGAGAGCGUUCCCAUGGAUACGUACCCUGUUUAUCACAGUGAGCCUGGCUGCAGGACUCUGCGGGAGAGCCAGCCAUGGGCCUCGCCCAAAGUGUCGGAGCGUUACCUAGCUGCACACUACCACACAAUGGGUCAGAUCAGCCCCCGCACACGCAAGUCCAUGAGCCUGGACAUGGGCCAACCCUCCCAGGCCAACACCAAGAAACUGCUGGGCACCAGGAAGAGUUUUGACCAUUUGAUAUCAGACUCCAAAGCACCAAAGAGACCAGAGAUGGAAUCGGGCGUCACUACUCCUCCUAAGAUGAGGCGCGUGGCCGAAAACGACUACGAGAUAGAGACCCAAAGACUAGCCAACUCCCACCUGAGAAAGGUGUCCGUGUCGGAGUCGAAUGUGCUGCUGGAUGAGGAGGUGCUCACAGACCCCAAAAUCCAGACCCUCCUCCUUACCGUGCUGGCCACUCUGGUUAAGUACACCACAGAUGAGUUUCACCAGAGAAUCCUGUACGAAUACCUCGCUGAAGCCAGCGUCGUCUUCCCAAAGGUCUUUCCUGUUGUCCACAACCUGCUGGACUCCAAGAUCAGCACACUACUGUCCAUGUGCCAAGAUCCCAACCUCCUGAACCCAGUGCAUGGCAUCGUUCAGAGCGUGGUCUACCAUGAGGAGUCACCUCCACAGUACCAGCCCUCCUGUCUGCAGAGCUUUGGAUUUAAUGGACUUUGGAGAUUUGCAGGGCCUUUCUCUAAGCAAACACAGAUCCCGGACUAUGCGGAGCUUAUAGUUAAAUUCCUGGAUGCUUUGAUUGACACCUACCUGCCGGGCAUCGAGGAGGAGAGCAGUGAGGAGUGCCUGCGUACCCCCACCUCACCGUACCCCCCCACUGUCCAGAGUCAGCUCAGUAUCACAGCCAAUCUCAACCUGUCUAACUCUAUGACCUCACUGGCCACCUCACAACACUCACCAGAGGGUGUGGUAGUUUAUAGACGACCCCCAACUUUGCCCCAUGUGAGAACUCCUGAAGAGAUGCCUGCGAAAGCUGCUGGUACAAAUCACAACUAUAGAGCUGUAGUGGGCAGUUAAUGUCCCGCUUCUAUAGUUUGCAAACUGUGCCUCUCUGCCUUGCUCUAAGUCGGCUGUUUUUGCCCCUCACCUCGUGCUGCCAGGUACUCCUCCACCUCUGUUCAGAUAGAGCUGAAAGAGUCCAACCUUACACACUAGAGACCAUUACAAAUACCAAAGUAUCUGUAGUUUCCCCUCUGUGAAAGAACCUUAACAAAUCAUCUUGAAGACAAGUGGGUUCUGAUGAAGUGUAUCCUUUACUGGUGCUGAGAUUGUUUGCAAGACUCAGCUUAACUCUUAGUGUCCGGUGUUCUCUGUCACAGUACAGAACAGCUCACAUUUUCCAUUCAGGGACUUUGGGGAUCUGUGCUUUGAGCCCUGCACUCUGUCGCCCCCUAGUGUUGAAUAUGACCAUUGAGUCAGAAUUACCUUCACACGUGUGUGAAUAUCGAGAAAGUCUGUCUCGCACACUCUGUGAAACACCAGCUGAUUUGUUUGGGCUGAUAGGUAAGCAUUAGUGCAAUGGGAUUUUUUUUUAAUGAUUAAAGAAAAAAAAUCAUUUUGACAGAUCUUCUAUGGUGUUGC